AUGCUGUCAUUGGGCUUUGCGGCAUUUUGUGAGGCUUUCAGCGUGCCAGACUUCAGCCCACCGCACCCUGGUAGCAAUGUCGCUGCUGGUCCGCGACUGCUUAUUCGUCAGACCUGGGUCUGCUUAUUUCGCAGCUAACCUUCACUGAAGGUCGUCCCACUAUCCGCCACCUGUGGACACGCCGGGUAGCCAGCAGCUAGGCUAACGGGCAACCCGUCUUCCCGGGGCAACCCGUCUUCCCGGCGUGGUGGCUAGGUGAGGCUUUUUCGUCACUUGCGCCCUCGCCCACCGCCGGUCUUCCUGAAUCUGUCGUGCCCCGCCCACGUAGGUGAGGAGGGGGGGGGGGGUGCGGUGGAUGCACCACGAGUCUACUAUCACUACAAAAGAAGUCGUUUGUAGGUCACCGUCCCUGGCCCCGACCUGUUGUGGAUCAUACAGUGGACAUCGGCGGUCAUGACGGCUGAACACAUUACAUAAUCUGUAUCUCCAAGCGACCACAGGUUUGGCAGGCCAGACUGUAAUGACACGCAAAGACUGCGAACUCCAGUAUGCUGAAUCCUAUACGACUGUUCUAACUAUAGGCAACUUUUCUGUGUAAUUAUGUUUCAUUUUUUGUCUACAUCUUAGUUUCGGCCCAUUUAUUUUUAGGAGGCGGCAUUUUCUUCGGGCGCUUCGUUUUAUUUUCAACUUUUGGAGCCCUCACCUCCCUUCUUGUUCUCCUACUGCUGUGCCUGUUUGUGAAGAAACAUGCGUAAGUUUCGCGUUUUCCAUAAACAAAUCAAAUUCCAGCCUCCGAGCCUAAAACACGAGUAGGGCACAGUAAUAUGGGCCUCUUCGAACUACAGGUGAUCUUGAGCUAAGUUCCAGGGGGUUUGAGUUAGAGCUAAUGCUUAACUUACAAGCACAUGCAUGAGUUAGGUCUGAUUUAAGAAGCCCGGCAUAAAACAAAUAAUCAUCUCGGUUCCCAAAAAAUCCUCAAAAAUCUGUUUUGAGUCAUCCUGUCCCAAAGGUCUGAGUCUUGAGCCUUCUGACUAACGAAAAUGGACUUUUUUUAUCUUUCACUCUCCCCAAGGCAACAUUUUGGCCAAAAAACUCGGCAACUCCUCAAGUGGCGAUCAAUGUGAUGAUUUAAGACGUCCUUUUCAAUCCUGCAGCCCCUUCUAGAUUGAAAGAUAGGGAGGGCUUCAUGAGCUGUGAGGGAAUUUUAAAUUAAUUUGCUUACUCAAAUGUGGCAGAAAUCGCUGAAGCAAACCUGGCCUUAUUUGCAUACGAAUAUACUGGCUCAAAACUUUUCUCCCUCCGUCCAUUAUACAUUUUGAAGGGAGGCACCGAUUCUAUAAAAUUAAUAACUUAACUUAUUUGACUUCGUUUUUAAGAAGUUUGCAAUCAUAGAAAUCUGACUCUCAAGCAAGUUUCCUCACUGAAACGGGAUGCCCAGACCUAGGCAGGGCUAAUCCCAGAACUGUCUUGAAGAAGCAGGACUAAUAUUUCGAAAGAGAACUUAUGCACUUUUUGAUUCCACCAUUCUUUGCAUGUCUUUAAUGGCCAGAAAAUUCAUUAUAAGGGUCAGCAGUUCUUGUACUACUUACAGGGGUCGGUUACGACUCCUUGGUCCCUAGUGUAAGCGCCAUGUGGGCAUUGUAAGCAAGGCAAUCCGAAGGAGGAUGUAGAAAUAGCAACAGACUGCCGGGCUGGUGAGUCAGUAAGACAAACUUGAUGAAGGGAGGUUUAGCAGAGAUCCGGAGCGCUGGAAAGAGUCCGAGGUGUGUUCAGGUUUCGAUGUUGAUCGGCUGAUCAAUAAAUGGCAUCGGUGAUUUUUGUGAACAAGACGGGCUGUUGAAAAGUCUAGCUGCUGACGCAUGUGGACAGAAAGACUACGCAAUAUCACAACCGCAGAACGCCUGGGCAGACAAUUUCUCUCACCUUCACGAAUAAACCAAUUUUCGCCUCUCAAUACAACCUCAACUAAUAGGUACUAGUGUUUCGACAUGCGAACCCUCACAUCUCAUCUUGAUGAGCUAUUGAUGUACGACUGUCUAGUGACGCCAAGGAUGCCCUAAAUGGUUACUCAAGUCUCCCAGACAUUCCUAUUCUUCAAAACCCAGUCCUAUAGCAAAGAUGGUUAUUUUAUCAAGAGGUAAUACUGACGAAAAAUGCGGAGACUGAACUGGUCAUUUCUGACUUAACUGCUGCCAUCGGCCUGCCAUAUUUCACUUAACAGGAGUAAGAACUCAAUGUUUUCGCAUGAUAUCAGUUGACCGUUGAGUCCGAGGCUCUGCUACCUGAUUUUGGACCCACAUUCUGUCGUCACAACUAAACGACCAUUAGAGAUUCUCGACUGAACUCAAUCUAACAAUUACUUAUGCAGAAGCGGUAUUCGUCAUCCUUUUAACUUAAUACCUCUGCCGUUGAGUGCAAUCCCGAAAAUGAAAAAUUGCGGUUAUUUUUUUUGUUUUUCUCAAGAAAUCGACCCCAUCAGAAGACACAAGCAGUCAACCUUUCGACUCAAAAAAUCGACAUUAGAGUAAGUGAAAUUUUCUUCAUAACGCACGCAGAAGAAAAACCUAUACCAGGGAGACAUAACUUGUCAUCUCUAGGGAGUUAAAUUGACUUGGAAGCUGCUAACCCGGCCUGAUAGUCGUCGCUCUCUUUCAACCCUGAUUAAAAACAAUGCUUUCAUGCAGCAAACUUAUACCUUAGUAUUAUGACUAGUUAACUUAGAAAACCCAUUUCCUUCCUGUUAUUUUUGGGGGUUUGGCCACUUAUAACCGUGAGGUUUUGUACUUCAUGUCUUGCAUGUGUUCAAAAUGUCGAUAAGAUGGUGCAGUAGGACGGUGAGCACAUGAGGUAGGAGAGUCAACCGAAGAAAAUAUUUCAUGUUAAAACAUGGGGCAAUGCGGGACGUCUGGUCGUUAUGAGAGGCUAAGAAGAGUGGCGCAGUCAGACACCCUUUUACGUCAUGAAGUAAGGAAAGUUUACAUGCAGCACUGCAAAUCCGCUAGAAGUCUGAGUCCGUAAUUAAGCGGCAGGCGAAUUAACAAGCAAGAAAAAAAUAUGUCAUAACUGACCGUUGGCGCAGAGGUAGUAAAUGAAUAUUUGGAAACUCUAAUGCUUAUAACACUCAGGAUUACUUAGAAGACGUCAGUAUGUUAGCAGAUGGUAUAUGGAAGUAUUCCUGGCAGUCUUCAUCGCACUGACAAGUAAGAAAUCCGUUACUGCGCCCAUUUUCAUGAGCGUAACAUUAGUACUUUCGUCAAUAGCUUUCAGCUGGCAGAUGGCAUUCCCUGCCAGACAACCUUAUCCCACCUGUGAUUUACUACAGAGUUUUUUUAGUCCUCAUGGGCUGGACUUCAACUGCCAAUUUUUAACAGUUAUGUAAAACUCAGCGGUCUCGGCAAGAUUCGGACCCGCUACAGAAAGGACAAGAUUUGAGUGCAGCUAAAGCGCUAACCGCCCAGGCUAAAAGGUCCCAAUCAGGAAUCUUGCGAUUUUUUAAAUUUUGGCUGAGCUACGCGCCUUGUAGUUCGCGCGGUUUCAGCAUCCGCUCUGCUGAAGUCUUGUUCUUUAUGUAGAAAGUUCGAGUCCUAACAAGGCCUCAGAUUUUUCACAAGUACUAUUUGGGGCAAGUUAGUCACAGUUGCCACAAAAAAACAACGCAUGUGCUACUGACAGACGAAUUAAUGAACUCCCAGCACAGUGGCUUGAAGCGGUAUCGGACGUAGCAUUCGGGAGCGAUCGAGGGGGGGAGGGGGUGUGUUGGACAGGCCACCUGCCCAGAUUUAAAAAGAAACAUUCUAGCAGGAAGGCAAUCAAAAACUAUCAAGAAUUUGCUUGCUCGACGAGAGCCCUGUCUCCGUGACUUGGGGCGCCUGGGUCUAAGCUCCAUGAUGUACAUUAUUGGAAUAAAUAAGUUUAUAGGGAUGUUUGUCGUUUUGCUUAGGGCUUAUAGUGAAUUGUUAAUGUUACCUUGUCUCCUUAUUGUGUACAGCAUUCAAGUGAUGCCUUCAACCGCUUGCGUACUCAGAGUACUGAAUCAGUCACCGAACCAGAUGGCAUAGUAACCCAAACUGUGCCGGACGGGACCGUUGCGCAGGGCAGCAACGUGCAAGCCCGACUAACAUGCUGUUUCUGCCUCCCACGACGUCUCCUCCCACAGUCGGAACGUUUGGGUUUCCCGUCUGUGAAUCGACGGAAGUUGGCAACGAAGGACAAAGGAGUUAGACAGCUGAUUGGUCAAACACUCAACCCCUACGUGUGCGCGCCCUCCGCAGAACUGCAGUAUGAACUUGGGCAGCCACCACACCAACAUCAGACGUGGGGCUGGCCGGAAGAGACAGGCUACAGAACCCACGUUCACCAAUGUCACCACGACUACCAGCAGUGCGGGCAAACCCACCAGGCUUUGCAGCCCCUGACCAGCCCUCGUGCCAUGGACUGCGAGGUCUCCACUCUUGCGGUGACCCAUGCCGGUGGCUGGAUGCCAUCUGAACUGCAGGCGCCGGGAGUGCAGGGGCUCCAUCUACGAAACAGCUGGGAUGGCCUGGCAGAGGGUUUGCAGUUCUCGUCAGUUGUGCCCGUUCCUCUACCUGUCUCUGCUGGCAGUUCGCCAAAAAGACGACAAGAGUAUGUGCUGGGGACCGCGACAGCGACGAGUUCACCUGCAGCACUAUCGCUCUUGCCUCUCGGUGGGACUUCCUAUACGCCUCCUGCCUCCGGUCUGCCUGUGGAUGGCCAGAAGCUUUGCGAGUUGGUUCGUUUGCAAAAGAUCUUUCAAUGCGGCCUUCCUUCUAGCUCAGGGAUCUCUAA